CCGAAAGUCAGUCGCUUCAGACCUGGAAACAAUUCUUCCCUGCAGUUUUUUAAAAACAAUUUUAUCAAAGAAACAACUGCAAUGUCUGUGAAUUAUGCUGCCGGACUCUCACCGUACGCAGACAAGGGCGUGUGCGGACUUCCAGAGGCAUUUGAUAGCCCCGAAGAGCUGAAAGCGAAGGUGGCAACCCUUGCUAACCUGGUAAAAGAGUCCAAGUACAUGGUCGUGCACUCUGGAGCAGGAAUCAGUACUUCAGCGGGCAUCCCUGACUUCAGGGGUCCAAAGGGUGUGUGGACCUUGGAGGAAAAGGGAGAGACGCCUCAUUUUGAGACAACGUUUGAAGAGGCCCGACCCAGCCUGACUCACAUGGCCCUGCUGGGACUCCAGCGGGCCGGAUACCUCAAGUAUCUCAUCAGCCAAAAUGUGGACGGUCUGCAUGUGCGAUCUGGUUUCCCAAGGGACUUGUUGUCAGAGCUUCAUGGAAACAUGUUUGUGGAGGAGUGCGAGAAGUGUUGCAGGCAGUUUGUCAGGGAAAAGGUGAUUGGCGUGAUGGGCCUCAAACCCACGGGACGGUAUUGUGAUGUGGUGCGCUCCAGAGGACUCAGAGGCUGCAGAGGGAAAUUGAUUAGCACUAUACUGGACUGGGAAGAUGCACUUCCUGACAGAGAUCUGAACAAAGCAGACAAUGCAAGCAGACAAGCUGACCUGGCACUGACGCUGGGCACCUCCAUGCAGAUCAAACCCAGCGGAGACCUUCCACUCGUCACCAAGCGCAAAGGCGGCAAAGUCGUCAUUGUCAACCUGCAGCCCACCAAGCACGACAAGCAUGCACACCUCCGCAUCAACGGCUAUGUUGAUGAUGUAAUUAAGCAGCUCAUGGAGCACCUGGGGUUGGACAUCCCAAAGUGGGAGGGGCCAACUGUGUGUGAGAGCUCCACUGCCGCACUGGAGGGCGCACCCGACAUCAAGCCCCCGCACGCUCUCAGUCCGGAUGUGAAGGUCAAAGGUGAGCUCAUUAAGAAGAAGAAACGAGAUGCAGAAAGCAACACCAUCAAAGAAGAGACGGUUUCGGUAAAGAAGGAGAGGAAAGAUCCUCCAGUGGGGAUAAAAGAUGACAAGUAGCCUCAGGUGCUGUCCUUAUCAAAAAUAUUUCCUGCCUUGAGAAACAAGCUUCUCACCAGUUUGAUCACAAAAGAUGGAGGUUCUAGUAUCUCUUUUUGCCCACUGGAGCUUACUAUCUUGAUCUCCAUUCUUCCUUCUCUCAACAUUACUUAAGUGAGGACUCCUCAGCUUGAAGCAUCAUAAAAUGACACUCAUGGGAGGCAAAUACUGUUUGAUGGAUUUAAAAAGUCUAUACAACUCAAUUGCCAGGUUUUUGUGAUAUAAAAACAUGCCAAGAUAAAUUAAAAAAAAUGUUAAAACAUUGUGACCUUUAACUUGUUCACCUCAAUUGUAGGGUGUGUAAAAAUUAAAAAAAAAAUUUAAAAAAAAUGAGAUUGUUGU